GUGUGAACUGCUAUAGACACACAAGAGGGUGAUGAGCGAGGUGAGCGAGGUCCAACAUGUUGAUGCUGAGGUGGAUGCUCCUGACGCCGAUUCUUCGAUCGGUGGUGGUUCAGCAGCACCUGUGGCUGACGAUGGACGUGUGGUUCCGCAGCUUGACGGUGCAGCAGAGACCAGCACGCUCCACUCGAACAACGGGACGCAAGUGGUUGUCACGAUUGUCCCACAGACAAGUGGGAAGAAGACCAAGAGGUCGUGGGUCUGGCAGGUGUGUCGCGAGUUCAAGCCUCUCAUCAACGGAAAAAACGUGUUCUGCAUGGCAUGCAAGCAUCUCAUGCUGUGGAAACCAGCUGAUGGCACGGGCGGCAUGAGCAGCCACUACAAAAAGAAACACCCCGCCCUGUACAAGGCGCUGAUGGACGACCACACCACCACCGCUCAAGGGAGAGCCAACGUCGCCGCGGCCGUCGCGUUCGAUCCCAAGCCCACGGGAAAGGCGACGGGCAAGGGCAAGGGCAAGGCCGGGUCGUCGACACCAUCCAUCAAGGACUACAUGCAAACCGGCAACCCGCUGCUUGCGUCGACGGAAGCGGCGGCCAAUCGCCGGUUCGUCGUGUGGUGCGCCAUCAACAUGAGGCCGCAGAACAUGCGCUACGACGAUGGCUACAAGCUCCACAUGGGCAUGCUAUGCCCCAAGUACGUAGAAUCGACGAUGUCCGACGCGACCUUCAACUCCAUCCUGUCCACCAUCUACACCGAGACAUGCGACGCAGUCAAGACGGGCUUGCGUUUGCACCGGGAGUCGUGUGUGAAGCUUGGUUACGUCGGCCCUUUCCUCGGUGCCCAGCUGGACCUCACGACCGUCGCCAACGAGGAGUACAUCACGUUCUCCGUGUCCUACAUCGCUGAAGCCGCAACAACGAUCACGCGCGUCGGGUUGGCAACACGAGCUUUUCCUGGCUCUCAUACCGCUGCCGACAUCGAGCCAUGGAUCGAAAAGGCGAGCUUUACAACCUUCAAGUUGCUGACGACGGAGUUUUUCGCGGACAUGAUGGGAGAAAACGUGCAGCCGAAGGACGUCUUCCUUGCUUUUACUGUAGACCAGGGCGGCAACGUGGUAAAUGCUUGCCGAAACUUGGAUGUUGAAGUUCUCAAGUGCAACGCCCACCGGCUCAACUCCGUCACGAUGUGGGCCUUGGGGAUAAAUGGUUCCAUCAGAACGGGCGAGAACCCAGCCAUGGAAAAGCUGAUGAAGAGGCUGGCGGCGGUAGUAGGGGUGUUCAGCCACUCCGCGGUCAACAACGACGAGCUCAAGGACAUCCAGAGACUGCAAGAAGAGUUCCAGAUCAUCUACGAACUAAUCAGGCGCAACGACACGAGGUGGGCCAGUCAACACGCUAUGAUGGUUCGGCUACUCAAGCUGAAGAAGGCAAUCGUGGAGUACUUCAGGGACAACGAGAACAACAACCGGAAGUUGUCCUCGCGUGAGUGGACGGUCACGAACGAGGUUUGCAGCCUGCUGGACGUCGUGGCGGAGGUAACCGUCAAGAUCCAAGGCGCCACCGACACCCACAUCAGCCAGACGAUGUUCAACAUGCGCGAGAUCAGGGAGAUCUUCAGCGGAGACGUGUACAAGAUCCGCGUACCAGACCAACCCUACAACGACGACAGCGUGUUGAAGGAAAAAAUCCAGGUGGACGACCUGAUGACCGAGACGUGUAAGGUACGGGAGGUUGUGCUCUCAAGGAUGGAGAAGAAAGAGCUCGGGGCGGCAAGAAUGCCCUUGGAGCGCAUCUGCGCGCUGCUAGACCCGAGACGGAAGGAUUGCUCGGACGAGCAUCUCGUCAACGGCAGCGCAGAUCUGAAGGCCUCUGCGAUUGCUGACGUUAAGAGCGUGGCCAAGACGUUCGCGGAGGCCGAUCUCGGGUCGGCGUCCUCAUCCGCUGGGAGUGGUGGAGCGGGCGGCGGCGGAGAGUCCAACCAGCCUGCGCCCAAGAAGCAGAAGGUCCUCUCGGACCUGGAGGAAAGGCGACUCCAACGUCUCGCCAAGUCGAAGGCAGCUAGCGCCGGUAGAGCUGCACCGGCGGCAGUUUCUACAGCGAGGCGGGGCGCGAUCGUUGAGCGGGAGCUGCGGAUGUACUUGGCGGAAGACCCCGCCGAGGAGGAGUACGACUUCUCGCUUCUUGAGUUCUGGCAGCGGAGGAGCAAGCCCAGAACAUGCGCCGAAACGGGCGAAGUCGAGCCAGGCUUGCCGCAUUUGGCGCUCAUCGCUCGGUUGUUCCACGGGAUCGAGUCUACUAGCUGCCAGGCAGAGAGGAACUUUUCAGCCCUUGCGUUCCUGAUUGGCAGCCUGCGCAGCUCUAUGCUACCCGGCAAGGUAGAGCGACUGAUGUUCCUCCGACUCAACAGGCUGUACAUCCCAGAGGUCAAGGCCCUUCACGACGCCGUUGAGGCCAACAAAGCAGCGGCAGCUCGGUGCCAAGAGAAAGUUGCACAAGUCGAGGCGGAAGCAGCUGGCGACGCUGUCGUCUUGACACUCUAAUAUUGUGUUUAAGUGUUGUUUUACUCCAGUAUUGUUUUUGAACUGCGGAACUG